AUGGGAGCAGCUGAAGGACGCAGCUGGUGCGAUGGAUUUUGCGCGGUAUCCGAUCAGAAGGGCAAGGAGACCUUGACUCCUUGGCUGUCAGCCGAGUCUGAAGUCCUGAUGUUGGGCUGUGGCACCAGCCUGAUACCUGAGCAGAUGGUAUCUGAAGGUCUGGCUUCAAGUAUAGUGUGCGUUGAUCAAUGUGCCGAGCUGAUAGAAGCUUUGAGUGAAAAAUACAAGGAUAAGGAGGAAGCCUUCCACUUCGAGGCCCUGGAUGCUGCCCAGUUACCCGUAACCGACUGGGCGGAACGCUUCGAUGUGGUCAUGGACAAAGCCAUGCUGGACGCCAUCCUCUCUGGCAGGCAAGGGCGGCCCAAGGCUGAAGAAGUCUUGAAGGCAGCAUUGGUCGCGCACUCAGCGUUACUGAGGCCUCGGGAUAUCUCGGGAUAUAUGGCAGCAGAUGUCAGCAGUCGAACUGGAUGCACCACUGGCCUCUGCCAGACUCUACCAGCUUAUGUCAACUUAUGUCGCAUGUUGCUAUCGCCAUUUUUCGCUCAAAGACAGCUGGCUGUGACUUGA